AUGGAUCUGGAACAGCCUCUCAAGCCAAGCCUAUCCGACCAAGAUGUACAAGAUGCGCAAGAUCUUGCUAUGCUGGGGCAUAGCCAGGACUUGACUCGAAAAUUCGAUAUGUGGAGCAUGCUUUCGCUAACAUUCUGCGUCCUGGGCACAUAUUAUGUUUUCGCCCAGGAUCUUAGCGAAGGAUUGACCAACGGUGGCUCUAUCUCUAUCCUCUGGGGGAUGAUAGUUGUCACCGCAUGCAACAUUUGUAUCGCGCUUUCAUUGGGCGAAUUGACAAGCAGCAUGCCAACGGCCCUUGGACAGGCGUACUGGGUAUAUCGACUUUGGAAAACACCCACGGGCCGUUUCGUUUCCUACAUGUGCGCCUGGAUAAAUACAUUUGGCUGGUGGACUUCGGCAGCCUCUCUCAAUGCGUUCUUGGCGGAAUUUCUGCUGGAGAUUAAAACCAUGUUUGACCCGACCUGGGAGCCCAGCGGGUGGGUCAAUUUCUUGGUGUAUGUUGGUGUCACAUUUCUUUUGACCGCCAUCAAUGUUGUUGGUUGUCGCAAGGAACGGGUACUUCCAUGGCUGAACAACUUUGUUGCGAUAUGGUACCUCGGCAUGUUUGUCGUUCUCUCCCUGGCACUUCUAAUUUCAGUGGGGAUCAGAAGCGACUUGUCUUUCCAAUCUGCAGCCUUCGUUUUUGGGAAAUGGAACAACAAUACCGGCUGGAGUAAUGGGGUAGUAUGGUUCACAGGGAUGGUACAAGCAGCAUAUGGAUUGACGGCGUUCGAUUCGGUUAUCCACAUGGUCGAAGAAAUACCAGCACCUCGCCAGAAUGUCCCACGCAUCAUCUGGAUGGCAGUGCUUUUUGGUGCAGUAACAGGCUUCAUUUUCAUGAUUGUAUGCCUUUUCUGCAUCCAAAAUAUGGGUAACCUUCUGCGUGCUCCUUUACCAUUCAUUGACCUCGUUCGGGAGACUGUUGGCCUCGAAGGGGGUGCUACACUUAUAACUCUCUUUACCAUCAAUGGAAUAGGGCAGGGCGUCAGUGUUGUGACAACCAGCUCACGUCUAACUUGGGGAUUCGCGCGCGAUGGCGGCUUGCCAAAAUACUUGAGCUACGUUGACCCUGUGUGGAAAGCUCCCGUUCGCGCUUUAUGGGCCCAGGGUAUUUUGAUCAGCCUUGUUGGUCUCCUGUAUCUCUUUUCCGACACCGUGCUUCAAGCGAUAUUGAGUGUGAGCACUAUCGCUCUGAACAUUUCUUAUGCGAUACCUAUUGUGACCCUACUAUUCACUGGGCGUGAUCAAAUGCCACCAUCCCUCUACGACCUUGGCCGUUGGGGCCCCGCUCUCAACUGGAUCAGUAUCAUUUACUGCAUCAUUACGACUAUCUUCUUUCUCUUUCCCAGCACCCCCAACCCCACUCCGAGUAACAUGAAUUACGCGAUCGCAGUACUUGGUGUUAUGCUCAUCGCUUCGGUGACAUUCUGGUUUAUCAAAGGGAGCCAAACAUAUCUGCAGACCGAAGAUGCUGUGGCUCAGAUUCUCCAGGCACAGCAGCUGGAGCUUAUCGAGGAGCCUCCAAGAGAAAAACAGGACGGGAAGGAAAGAUAG